UUGCUCUCAAAGGAGCGUCCUUCAAAGUCCGGGAAACACAACGUGACGGUCAACUUCGUCAACGAAACCGACUGUUCCCUUUCGAAAUACUGGAUCGACUUCGAGGGCAAAGCCAAGUUCUACGGGAAGAUCGGUCAGGGAAAGGUCGACCGGCAACGAACAUUCGCGGGACAUGUCUGGAGAUUGGCCGAUAGCGAAUCGAAUGAGGUGAAAGCUAUCUAUGUUGCUCCAGAGGACAGCGAGGACUCCAUUGUCAUAGACGAAAGUACCAUGGCAGAAUCUGCCAGUCAAGAUGCAGGGCAUUCUACAGACGAUGAGGACGACGCGGACAUCAAGAAGCUCGGAAAAGACAACGACGACCUGGCUACGGAGUCUGCAUCCCGAGUGUUUGUCAAAGGCCAUAACAUUUGGUUGAGGGACUCUUCGCCAGAAGAGUCAAAAUUGACCUCAAACGCGACAGAGGAAUACCCAUACGAUGAAUCAAGAAUCAUCAUUUCCCCAGAUGAGAAGUUCAUCGUUGUUUGGCAGUACACACCGGAAGAGGAUCACAAAAUUCACCUCAGGGAGUCAGUCCCGGCUGACCAGCUUGAGCCCAAAGUGCGAUCUGUACAAUACUUGAAACCGGGUGAUCGUGUUCGAGUUGAUCGGCCUCGACUCUUCAACAUUGAGUCCAAGUCCGAAGUGGCUACCGAUGACAAGCUGUUCCGAAAUCCCUACAAGAUUGACCAUAUCGGGUGGAGCGACGACAGCUCCGAAUACCGUUUCUUGCUUAAUGAGCGCGGCCAUCAACAUCUUCGCGUGAUCGGUAUGAAAACCACCGGCGAAGUGAGAGCUCUGAUUGAGGAAAGCAGCGAGACUUUCAUCGACUACUCUGGCAAACUCUACUACCGAUCAAUCGAGAACACAGACGAAAUGCUUUGGGCCAGCGAGAGAGAUGGUUAUAGCCAUCUAUAUCUUUUUGACUUGAAGAAAGGCAUUCUGAAACUUCAGAUUACCAAGGGGCAGUGGAACUUUCACUCGACCGUUGACGUCGACGAGAAGAGUCGGCGAAUCAUUUUUAGCGGUUAUGGCAUGGCUGCUGAACAAGAUCCCUACCAUGCGCACUUAGCUCGAGUCAACUUUGAUGGUGAAGAGUUCAAGAUCCUGACUGGUGGGGAUGGAAGUCAUCGAUGGACUCUGUCUCCGGAUAAGCAGUUUUUCGUUGACACUUGGUCCCGUGUUGACGCUUUACCGCAGUCCGUCCUCAGAAGUUUGGAUACAGGAGAACAGCUGAUACAACUGGAAGGGCACGAAAAUGGUAUUGAAAGGCUAUUGGCUGAAGGUUGGAUGGCCCCUGAGAAGUUCUCAGCUCCAGGACGAGACGGGAGGACUCUGAUAUACGGGAUCAUUAUCCGUCCUUCUCACUUCGAUCCGUCGAAUAAGUACCCAGUUCUCGAAGACAUUUAUGCAGGCCCCCACAACUUUCAUACGCCCAAACAGUUCUCAGCGUUGUCUGAGCAGCGGCAAUGGGCAGAACAAGGAUACGUAGUCGUUAUUCUCGACGGCAUGGGUACGAACUGGCGAUCGAAGGAGUUCCACGACGUAUGCUACAAGAAUCUCAAAGACGCAGGGUUUCCCGACCGCAUUGCCUGGAUCAAAUCCGCAGCCGAAACCCGGCCUUGGAUGGAUAUUUCACGAGUCGGUGUGAUGGGCGGCUCCGCUGGCGGACAGAGUGCUGUUGCUGCACUCAUACACCAUCAUGAUUUCUACAAGGUCGCGAUUGCCGACUCGGGAUGUCACGAUAACCGGAUGGACAAGAUAUGGUGGAACGAGCAGUGGAUGGGAUAUCCCGUUGACAAGUCUUACGAAGACUCGUCGAAUGUUGUUCAUGCUGACAAGUUGCGAGGGGCUUUGAUGUUGAUUGUUGGAGAAUUGGACGAUAACGUUGACCCGGCUUCAACCUUUCAGCUUAUCAACGCUCUAAAUGAGGCGGACAAAGACUACGAGUUCCUGUUUAUUCCUGGUGCAGGUCAUUGCAGUGGUCGCAGGGGAUUCGCUCUGAGGCGGCAGGAAAGGUUUCUCAGGCAGCAUCUGCUUGGACUGUAG